CACUGUCACACAUCACCCACCAAACUUAGUUACAAAAGAAAAGCACUAAAAACCCACUUAGGGGAUAAGAUUAUCCCUAACUUAGUUGGAUUAGAGCAAAUUCUCAAUUUUAAUUGGCGUCAAUGGUAUCGCCUCUGUAGGAUCUUUGCUUGCUCCGAAAUGCGACAAUUCCCAUGUUUUGUGGUUUUGCGUGGGAUUUGGACUCUUUAUUAGUAGAAUUUUCUAGAUGGUGGUGACAUUUGUAAAUGUAGUUUUCUUUUAGAUUUUCUGUAGUAUAAGUACUUCUGUGUUUUUUUUAUUUUUGCAUUUUUUUGGCAGUGAGAUUUUAAGGAUUUUGUGAUGGAGAAGGCGUUGUUAGAGGUUGUAAUCACAGGGAAAACAUGUUUCAAACCAUUAAUUGGUCGCAUGGAUAGCAUAAAAUCCUCUCAAUGGAAAGGGUUUCCGGUAAAGGCUUGCUAUUCGGCGGCGAGAACUCCGAGCAAAGAGAUCGAGUCUCCGGUUGCUCCGACGAAGUUUCCGAGGAGUGAUUCUUCCUGUGUUGUGAAUGGAUCCAAUGGUGCUUCUUUCAUAUGGGGAUCCUCUGUAAACAGUUACAUCCUUGAUGCAUAUGAAGAUCAGUAUGGGGGGAUAGUUAUUAAUCCGGAUCGAUUGCCGCGCGACGCAAGUGCUUUCGCCAAUGCACUUCAAGCAUCCCUUUCUUUAUGGAACUUGCUUGGUAAGAAAGGGGUGUGGCUUAAGCUACCGCUGGAUCGAUCUGAGCUCGUCCCCGUAGCAGUGAAGGAAGGAUUCAAAUACCACCAUGCUGAGCAAACUUAUGUAAUGUUAACUUAUUGGAUUCCCCAAGGGCCUUGCAUGCUUCCUGCUAAUGCAUCUCAUCAAGUUGGAGUCGGCGGCUUUGUGAUCAAUGAUCAUAAUGAGGUGCUUGUGGUGCAGGAGAAAUACUGGUGUUCUGCAUUUUCCAGUGUAUGGAAACUUCCGACAGGGUUUAUUCUCGAGUCCGAGGAGAUCUUUACAGGAGCUGUAAGAGAAGUCAAGGAGGAAACUGGAAUUGACACCGAGUUUGAGGAAAUAAUUGCUUUUAGGCACGCGCACCAUGUGGAUUUUGGAAAAUCAGAUUUGUUCUUCAUCUGUAUGCUGAGGCCACUGUCAACUGAAAUCAAGAUAGAUGAUGCAGAGAUACAGGCAGCCAAGUGGAUGCCCCUCGUCGAAUUUGUAGAGCAGCCAUUCAAUCAGGAAGACAACAUGUUCAAGAAGAUCAUCGACAUCUGCAUCGCACGGCUUAGGAAGCGAUAUUGCGGAUUAGCAGCUCAGCAGGUGAUCUCGAAAUUUGACGGGAGAUCAUCUUCGUUGUACUAUAAUGUGGUCGAGCCGCAGGAUUCUAACUGCCAGGGCUCGUGAAAGCUUGCGCCACCACGACUUUGUGAUCAAAACCUUUGUGGAAUUGUAUUCUUCUUUGUAAUGCUUUUUGUACAUAUCACUUGAAAGCUUGCGCACAACUUUGCGAUCAAAACUUUUGUGGAAUUGUAUUCUUCUUGCAAUGCUUUUUGUACAUAUCAAUAAAGCCAAUUUGAUCGAGUGCGUAAGUUUCGGC